AUGGACAGGUCGCUGAGACCAUGCGAUCACAGACAUGAGUCCCUUCACACUAGGUACGGACUACGGAAUACUACUAUUCUGACUAUUGUAGAGUAUUGUAAAUACGCACGUUCCAGGCAUCAAGGACUGUGUAGUAGCCUCUCCACCCAUUGCCUGCAUGGGGAAAGCACCCACUCGCGUCACUCAACGCCGCACGGAGGCCCUAACGAGUCGAGUCGCUGGACCAGGCGGAUCUUCGGCCUUGGAGUGGGAGUGGGAGUGGAUCGUACCGCCGCCGAGGACAGCCGUCAGGAGAGGGACAUCAGGACAUCCAAGGGAGUGAGGGAAAAAGCAAAGAAACGCGGGCGAGGCAAAGAAGCAGCCAGGAUGACGAGGAAGGCCAAGUCGACCAUGCUGAACUGA